AUGGCUUUUGUGGUAGGUCAAGGGGGCAAGACCUCGGUGUUAUCUUCUGCUGCCAAGAAAUGGAAGGAUUUCAAGUCUACACUGACGAGGCAUUAUAUCCUUCCAUACAUCAAGGAGAGGGAGAAAUUAAGCCAACCCCCUGAAAUAUAUAAAUUCAUAGAGAAAGCAGAAUGGGAUGCCUUUAUUAGGGAGAAACUUGAGUACAAUCAUCGAUUGUCUCGAAAAGGAUAUGCUGGUUUGGAGGAUCAAUUGGAGGAAACCAUGCCUGGGGUAGAAAUUGAUCGAUCUACCUUAUGGAAGAAAGCUAGACAGGACAAACAUGGUAACAUCCCAGAUCCAAAGGUGGCAGAGAAAGCAAAAUUAAUUGUAAGCCUACACACUCUAUUUUAA